GCCGAUGGGGCGGACUACAACUCCCAACAUGCUCUGCGGCUGGGCGGCCACAGCCAGCGAGCCCUGCGCAAAGAACUACAACUCCCGCCGUGCACCGCUCCACCCGCCGCUUUCCUAUUGGCUGACUGGCUGGCUGGCACGCAUCCCCUUGCCCUCAGGAGGAAAGGCGCUUCUCCCGUCUCCAGGACAACGGGAGAGCAAACAAGAUGGCGGCGGCCUGGUCGGAGGGGUGAGGGGGAGGCGUUUGAGUGCCAAAUACCGAUUGUGCGGCUCUCUCCGUGUUCUCGGUUCUUCUUACAGCUCAUGGCGGGGGACGAGGAGAAGCAGGGAGAGGGCAGCCUCGAGAAGCAGCCUCCCGCUUUUCAGGGGCCUCAGCAGCACCUCUCCCAGUGGUUGCCUGGGAAGCUGUCCCAGGACAGACCCAGCCUGCGGCCUCCACAGCUCAGCCUGCCUCACCGAGAGACCGAGCAGGAGGAGGAUGGCAAAGAGGAAGAGGAGUCACAGCGCACAGAGGGUCAGUUUGAUGGAGAGUUGGACGAAGAUACUGUGGCUGAGGGACUCCACAAGCUGGGGCGCUCAGCCUCUGGUAUCGAAUACGUUUAUCUUAAUCUGUCGCUUUCAGGUCGUGAGCUAAGUAACAUUAACAUUCUCUGCAGAUACUUUCACCUACAGAAGCUGGAACUUUCAUGUAAUAAAAUUAAUGAUCUUUCUUGUAUCAGCCACAUGCCUCACUUACUACAACUGAAUGCUUCCAACAAUAAAUUGACUACGUAUUUCAGUUUUAAACCACCUAAAAAUCUCAAGGAAGUAGAUUUUUCAUACAAUCAAAUACCUAAAAUGCAAGAUUUGUCAGCAUACCAGUCACUUACUAAACUCCUGCUGGAUUUUAAUAAUAUAGAGGAGAUAAGAGGACUGGAGAAGUGUCACAGUCUGACUCAUCUUAGUUUGUCGCACAACAGACUCACUGCAGUCAGUGGCCUUGAGAAUUUACCUAUCAGAAUACUCAAUCUGAGCUCUAACCGGAUUGAGAAAAUAACUGGCUUGGAUAGCUUGAAAACUCUACAGAAGCUGGACCUAUCUAGCAAUAAAAUAAGUAGUCUAGAAGGCUUGGAGGAACAUGAUCUACUAGAGAUGAUCAACCUAGAGGAUAACCAGAUUGCUGAGCUGCGUGAACUGGAACGUAUUGAUGAUCUGCAUCUCCUCAGAGUUUUAAAUCUUUUAAAAAAUCCCAUACAGGAGCAAACAGAUUAUUGGCUCCUGGUGAUUUUCAUGUUGCUUCAACUAACAGAACUGGAUCUCAAGAAGAUUUCAGUGGAAGAAAAGGUUGCUGCUGUGAAUAAAUACGAUCCUCCUCCAGAAGUUGUUGCUGCUAAAGAUCAUAUGACUCAUGUUAUGUAUAGCAUGCUGCAGCCCCAGAGAAUCUUUGACAGCACUUUACCCAGUCUUGAUGCUCCCUACCCCAUGCUGGUAUUAGUUGGCCCUCUAGCCUGUGGUAAGAGAGAGCUUACUCAUAAGAUCUGCAGACAGUUCAGCAAUUUCUUCAGAUACGGACCCUGUCACACUACCAGGACAGCUUACUUUGGUGAAGAAAACAGACUUGAUUACUAUUUCAUUUCUCAAGAAGCAUUUGAAAAAAUGGUGAACACAGGGAAGUUUAUAGCAACGUAUAAAUACAGCAGUUAUUACUAUGGACUCGGAAGAGACACUGUAGAAUCAAUUGCCAGAGAGGGUCUUGCAACCUGUGUUCACUUAGAAAUAGAGGGUGUGCGUAGCUUGAAAAAUACCUACUUUAAACCCAGAUAUAUCCUGUUAGUACCAAUGAACAAACAAAAAUAUGAGGGACAUCUGCGGAGGAAAGGAUUAUUCAGCAGGCCAGAGAUUGAAGAGGCAAUCUCCAGAGUGGACAUGUACAUCAAAAUAGGUCAAGAUUUUCCAGGAUACUUUGAUGCAGUAGUCGACACAGAUGAAUUGGAUGAGGCAUUCACAGAGCUCAGUUUCCUCAUAAAGGCAUACCUGGGUUUGGAGUCACCUCCAGUUUUUGAUAGCGUUCAGGACCUGAAUAGCAGAGCAGGAGCAGGUUCAAGAACACGGCUCUUACAAGAGCAAAGAUUGUCACCUGGUGGAGGAAUUACUGCUGCUACUCGGUCUUCAUCUGUCAAUGAAUUCUUGGACUCUUCUGUCAAAAACUAUCCAGGAAGCAUCUUGGACAAACAUGCUGCACCACUGGGCGCUGUGGAAGAAGCUUCUCUCCGAAGACGUUUUUCUGCAGCACGUCAGGCUCUGUCAGGGGAGGCACCUACUGCAUAUGUCCAGCUGUUUCAAAGGUAAUGUAAAGUGGUUUCAGCCAAGUUCUUUACAAUAAAGUGAAAAAUGCCUAUUUAAGAUUUCUUCUCCACUGCUCUUAAGGAUGAAUGAUUAAAAACUGUCAGGGAUUGCAAAUCUCAUAGAUUUGCAAAUCUUCCUUUCCAUCACUUUUUAAAUCUAGCCCUACAAAUAUAUCACACCACCUGUCUUUUGACUUGGGAGUGAGGCAGUCCUGAAAUGUAUACCAAAAAAUAUAUGAGGCAGAGCCAUCUACCAGUAACUUGUCUAAAACUGUGAAAUGAUUAUAAUGUGUCUUCUCUGAGACAGCAGAAAAGAAUCAUUUUUCUGGCAUCUCACAGUAUCUGACAUGUUUUUUAGCAGUACUAGUAAUUAGUAUUGGAAAGUCACAGCCGUGCGUGGUGCGAGAUUGUUUUCUGCAAGUGCACCUUCUCUGAAUAUACCUGUUUAAAAUAGAAUUUCUGAAAGCUGAUUCUACUUCCUAUUUUUUUAAGAAAAUGGAUUGUAUCUUGAUUGUCUGUCUUCCUUCUUUUUCCUCAUAGUCACAGCCCUGCAAAAAUGGUGUUAAAAGUCUAUGAAACUGAAUGUACCUUCUCUGACUGAUCUUUUGUGGCACAUCUGCCUUCUCCUGGUGUAAAUCUUCCUAAUAUGAAUUCUUCUUUGCUCGCUUUUCCUACUUGCCAUGAGAAGGCUCACAGCGUUGACAUUUAAAGUAUCACAUAGGCAUCUAAAUCAGCAAUCAUCAGAAGGAAUAGAGAAGUUCACACCUUUCAGCUUAUUUCAGGCCUGUAGAAAUGCCAUCACCAAUUGUACAUACCAAAUAUGUUGCUGAAAAUCAUUCCAAUGACAAAGUCUGUUGACCCUACCAACUGAGCUGGUGAUAGCUGGUUGCCUGUGAAAUGAAUCUAAGUUCACCCUUAAUUCUUCCUCAAGGACACUCAACCCAACCCAUGUGAAAUGAACUAAGAGCAAUGUAAAGAAGGUACAUCUCCUUUAACAAAGAAUACAAACUCUCGUAGCAGAUAACUCAACCACCCCUCACUGGUACUGUGGGCCUUCAAGUGGCCACCAACAAAGAGUGUGUCAAAGCUCCAUACAGAAAAAUCCAAGAACAACAUGACUCCCUUAUAACCUAACAGACCACUUUGUCAGUGAUAGAAGAGUUAAUGCUAAAAUGAGUAACUAGGGAACCUACUCCCUUUCAGGUGAAAGCUUACAUCCAAACAUUAUUGACAGACCCUGACUGAUGUCAGAACAAAACCUAACAUUUAAAUUGACCCAGUAAAUCCAACUCAGGUGUGCCUGCCAGAAAGAUUAAAAUCUGUAAAAGGAACUAGGCAAACCCAAGGCCCAACUGUUUACCAAAAACAUAGCCUUCAGCCAAACAAGUAUUGAAGAUGAUGCCUGCCUGCUGACACUACGUUCAAUGGCUGCGGUAUCCUAACCAUGCAAAGGUAGUGCAAUCAAUUUUCCCAUCAAUCAAGACUUGUAUGAAUGGCUAAAUGAGGUCUUAACAGUCUCUUAGAGAUAAUCAGUGAAAUUGAUCAUGCUGCGAGAAGAUCCCACGGAACUUAAUUAUAUAGCCACUGCACAUAAACUCAAACCUACCAGGCACACUAUCACCUCAAUGCUGGCCCAUAAUUCUUCAGUUGGGAUGACCAUGAAGAAAACAUACCCUCCAAAAAUAAGACCACCCCUGUUAACCAAGAACCACCCCUUAACAUGCUAAUAGCAACACGUUUAAUGGCAACACAAGGCAAGGCAUAGUACAGUAUCCCCUCUGCCCUCCUCUCCUCCUCCCAUGCCUUUCCCUCUCCACCUCUUCCCAGUGAUGCAAGAAAAUAUGGUGAAAAACCUAAAACUCUGCUGCAGGAAGGAGCUGCACAGAAAAUAGGAACCAUCACCCAGCAGGCAGGAGCCUCACUGCCUGGAGAGAAGGGCUGGGGCUCACCCGCUCGGCACUUCAAGAAGUGACAGUUAGUGCAGAUGUAGGUGAGCUCCACAAGCUCUGUUGAGGACCUGCUAACUGCUAAAAGAAAACAAACUACUGAAGUGAUAAGGCUCAAGGAUACUCAGGUAAAAUAACUGUGGGAGUGGGAGAUCAUGAGCUCCUACUCAAAUGCCGCCCCACCCCCCACCGCCCCCAAAGAGGGUGGAUCCCCUGCUCAGGGAGCGUGCGUAGUAAAUUUCAAAUUAACUGUACCUUUAAAUUGAAGCGCGAAAGCAACUAACCAAUAAUUAGCUCAUAGGUGUGGACUCUGGGCAGAACUAACAGACUUCACUGUUUAAAUAUGUAUUGUGAGUAAAAUUAAGUUUGCAAGCUAGGAGGAGCGAUCCCCCUUGCACCCAGCACCACAAUAAACACACCUGCUUUGUAACUCUCCUCGAGUUGUAGAGUUUGAUUCCACACAUCAAUUUGGCGACCCAGGUGGGACUCUCUCUGCCUGGCCACAGGACUGGCUGAGAGGGGGACAUCCUUGGCGGACCCUGAGAUUUUUCAGAGGAACUCCCUCGCUCACCCGUACGCUGUAGGGGCAGACAAGAACCAUCAGCAGACCAGGUAUGUUAAAUAGGAAGAGGUACCUGUAAGUUGUGAGGAGAUGUCCUAUGUGAGGUAGAGAGCUGAAUUGCUCACCCCCAAUCAGUUGGGGUAAAACCCAUUGGAAAGGGAUCCUGCCUGGGUAACACAUGUGUACGUGUGUCUUAAUGGUAACUUGGACUCUCCUAGUUGGAAUAGCAGGAGUGUGUAGUGUGGUGGUAAUUACCUAUAUCUGCUGUAUGUGCCUGGUACUGUUUAUAAUUUGAGUUCAUGUAUCUGGAGUUGUUAACAACAUUUGUUUUCUGUAUGAUUGUGUGACUGAGAAGUACAACCGAGUACGAAGUGAUUGUGGAUUUCUGAUCCACAGAACAGCUCGAGAUGAACAAAGUGAAAGUGUGUGCAAGUAUACUUUUGUUACAUGUUCUAUGUUGUAUUAUACUUUGUUAAUAUAAGGGAGGUAGAUUGGGAUUCAGGUAUAUAGAACCUUGCGGGCAUAAAGCCCAGACUCCUCCUGUCCGCCGCCUUAUCACUUAUAUUUGAGCUAAUUGUUCCCAGUGCUUAGACUUUGU